GCGCUGCGCUCCGCCCAGCUCCGUUCCGCUCCGCAGAGCCGACGCGGACCGGGCGCGGGGACAGCGGCACUCGGCCGGGGCCUUCGCAGCCACGCGCUCCCUCCGCGGCGGGAUCUGUACCCGGGCGGCUCCCUAGAACCCAGAGCGGGCAGAAGGCGGGAGUUGGGUUGGGACUGGCGGCGACAGAGGAAGCGACGAGCCAGUUGAGUCGCGUGCGCCGGCGCGCGCAGCUCCGGGUCCCCCCAGCCCCGGCUGGGGCCUGUUGCCGCUUGACUCCAGUUGCCCUCUGGAAGGACGGUGCACCCGCGACCCGUUGGGGACCACGGCCGCUCGGCGGGAAUCCAGGGGCCGAGUCCGCGCGACGGCCCACGCGGGACAGGCUUUUGGAUGAGAGAAAGCUGACAGGAGCUGAGCCCCACCUUCUCUGCGUGCUGGGGAAUAGGGCUACGCGGCCCCAGUGGCACCCAUGCCGAAGAACAGCAAGGUGACCCAGCGUGAACACAGCAAUGAGCAUGUCACUGAGUCGGUGGCUGACCUGCUGGCCCUCGAGGAGCCUGUGGACUAUAAGCAGAGUGUACUGAACGUGGCUGGCGAGACAGGUGGCAAGCAGAAGGUGGCGGAGGAGGAGCUGGACGCAGAGGACCGGCCAGCCUGGAACAGCAAGCUGCAGUACAUCCUGGCCCAGAUCGGCUUUUCUGUGGGCCUUGGCAACAUCUGGAGGUUCCCCUACCUGUGCCAGAAAAAUGGAGGAGGUGCCUACCUGGUGCCCUACCUGGUGCUGCUGAUCAUUAUUGGCAUCCCCCUCUUCUUUCUGGAGCUGGCUGUGGGCCAGAGGAUCCGCCGUGGCAGCAUUGGGGUCUGGCACUAUGUGUGCCCCCGCCUGGGGGGCAUUGGCUUUUCCAGCUGUAUUGUCUGCCUCUUCGUUGGGCUGUACUACAACGUGAUCAUUGGAUGGAGCGUCUUCUACUUCUUCAAGUCUUUCCAGUACCCACUGCCCUGGAGUGAAUGUCCUGUCAUCCGGAAUGGGACUGUGGCAGUGGUGGAGCCUGAGUGCGAGAAGAGCUCAGCCACUACCUACUUCUGGUAUCGAGAGGCCUUGGACAUCUCCAACUCCAUCUCAGAGAGUGGGGGCCUCAACUGGAAGAUGACACUCUGCCUCCUUGUGGCCUGGAGCAUCGUGGGCAUGGCUGUAGUCAAGGGCAUCCAGUCCUCUGGAAAGGUAAUGUAUUUCAGCUCCCUCUUCCCCUAUGUGGUGUUGGCCUGCUUCCUGGUCCGGGGACUGCUGCUUCGAGGGGCAGUUGAUGGCAUCCUGCACAUGUUCACUCCUAAGCUGGACAAGAUGCUGGACCCCCAGGUGUGGCGGGAGGCAGCCACACAGGUCUUCUUCGCCCUGGGGCUGGGCUUUGGAGGAGUCAUCGCCUUUUCCAGCUACAACAAACAGGACAAUAACUGCCACUUCGAUGCUGCCUUGGUGUCCUUCAUCAACUUCUUCACCUCCGUGUUGGCCACCCUCGUGGUGUUUGCAGUGCUGGGUUUCAAAGCUAACAUCAUGAAUGAGAAGUGUGUGGUCGAGAAUGCUGAGAAAAUUCUAGGGUACCUCAACUCCAAUGUCUUGAGCCGGGACCUCAUCCCACCCCACGUCAACUUCUCUCACCUGACCACCAAGGACUACUCAGAGAUGUACAAUGUCAUCAUGACUGUUAAGGAGAAGCAGUUCUCAGCCCUGGGCCUGGAUCCUUGCCUCCUGGAGGAUGAGCUGGACAAGUCUGUGCAGGGCACAGGCCUGGCCUUCAUCGCCUUCACUGAGGCCAUGACACAUUUCCCGGCCUCCCCGUUCUGGUCGGUCAUGUUCUUCCUGAUGCUCAUCAACCUGGGCCUGGGCAGUAUGAUUGGGACCAUGGCAGGAAUCACCACACCUAUCAUCGACACCUUCAAGGUGCCCAAGGAGAUGUUCACAGUGGGCUGCUGUGUCUUUGCAUUCUUCGUGGGGCUGUUGUUCGUCCAGCGCUCCGGAAACUACUUUGUCACCAUGUUUGAUGACUAUUCGGCCACCCUGCCACUCACUGUCAUCGUCAUCCUUGAGAACAUCGCCGUGGCCUGGAUUUAUGGAACCAAGAAGUUUAUGCAGGAGCUGACAGAGAUGCUGGGCUUCCGACCGUACCGAUUCUAUUUCUACAUGUGGAAGUUUGUGUCUCCACUGUGCAUGGCUGUCCUCACCACAGCCAGCAUCAUCCAGCUGGGGGUGUCACCCCCAGGCUACAGUGCCUGGAUUAAGGAGGAGGCCGCCGAGCGCUACUUGUACUUCCCCAAUUGGGCCAUGGCACUGCUGAUCACCCUCAUUGCUGUGGCAACCCUGCCUAUCCCUGUGGUGUUCAUCCUGAGGCACUUCCACCUGCUCUCCGAUGGUUCCAACACCCUCUCUGUGUCCUACAAGAAGGGCCGCAUGAUGAAGGACAUCUCCAACCUGGAGGAGAACGAUGAGACACGCUUCAUCCUCAGCAAGGUGCCCAGUGAGGCACCCUCCCCCAUGCCCACCCACCGCUCCUAUCUGGGGCCUGGCAGCACAUCACCCUUGGAGAGCAGCAACCACCCCAAUGGACGCUACGGGAGUGGCUACCUCCUGGCCAGCACCCCUGAGUCAGAGCUGUGACCACAGCUCCACCCUGCCUGCCUCCCCUCAAUACCCAACCUGCCCACUUGGCCGGGCCUGGUCUCUUCCUCCAUGGUGGCCACCAGACCCAGGCCAGUCCAAGGAUUGAGGAUCUGUCCUGCCUUGUUCCCCACCCAAGUCCCGGCAGACUCCCUACCUAUGAGCAGGGGACUGGGGACAGUUCAGUCCCUAUUCCAGGCCCCCAACCCAUGUAACUUUUUGAGAACUCUUGCCAAGUUGCAGCCAUGUAACCACAACAAUCCCAGUAUGGGGGGACUUCAAGUGGGCACUUUAGGUGUCACCUCCUCUUCUCCCUGUAAAACCUAUCACUUGCGGUUCUUGGUUCUCAGGGAGGGUCCAUUUGUGCCACUGGUCAAUGUGGUGGUGGACAGAGGCUUCAGGGCUGAGGGUGCAGGAGGUGGACGUUAGCCCAGCCCGGCAUAAGAACAGGGCUCAUUGUCCUGUCUAACCCAGCCAGGCUGCUCGUGAGCUAAGAUAGGGAUAGGGACUCGUGGGUCAGGACUCGGGCUUUGCUUUGGCAGGAGGUAUAUGGAAUCUCCUCAAUUCUGUCCUAUGAGAAAGGCGGAGCCCUCUCAGGCUUAAGCAUGAACGCUGGCAUUGAAAGAAAUGAAUCCAGUUGGCUCAUGGAGUCUUUGAAUGUUCCUGUUUACCCUAACAGGGGCAAAGAGGGGUAUAUUCUUGAUCCUGCCUGAGAGCAUAGUGAUGGGGUCACUUUAACUAGGGUUUAGCCAUUUUUCAAUCUUCGCUAUCCAACCUGGGGCCAGGGGUGGUGGUCUUUGCCUCUGUCCCAGAGAGAAAAGGGCACAGUGCAAGAUGAAGUUCCCAGAGCACAAUUUGCAGGUCCCCAGCACAAUCUAGAUGGUUCGGAGCACAAGAGAAACAAUCUUCCGCACCUCACCUGGGGCUUGAUUUUCUCUUUAGUGGCAGCUUCUCCCCUGGAAUGAGGGUUCCUGGAGUUCAGAGGUGUGCCACCAGGAGCCCUUGUUUCUAAGGAAAGACAGGUAAACUCACUGCCCCCUUGGGCUGCCACUCACUCUCCUUGUUGCACAAGCACAGCCACCAGUGUGCACAUCGUGUGAAGACACCUUGGAAACCUUCCCCAAACUUCCCUAGCCUGUCCAGAGAAGUGGCACAGGCAAUUCUGGGCAAGAAAGAGCCUCUGGUCUUAGGUUCCAAGGGAGAUACUGAGUAUGGCAGUGUCCCUGACCUCCUUUCAAGGCUUGCCUAGGAGAAGGGCUGCUUCAGAGCAGCCUGUGAGGAUUCAGGAGCUGACCUGAGAAGCACAGUAUCUCUCUGCAGUAUCACCUUAGAGAGAUGGGUGUAUGGACAUAGAUGCUUGGCUGACUGGAGUGAACAGAUGGAUGGGUGGGUGGAUGGGGUCACCAUAACUAGGGUUUAGUCAUUUCUCAAUCUCCUCUAUCCAACCUGGAGCAGGCUCAGUGGUCUUACACACACACAUACAUACAUACAUACAUACAUACACACACACACACACACACACACACACACACACACACACACCCUGGAGCCAGGUACAGUGGUCUUACACACACACACACACACACACACACACACACACACACACACACACACACACAGACACGGUUUCUAUCUUUGAAAGUUCUGGUAGGCAGGAACAGACCGGGGCACAUUCCAGAGGCUCCUGGGUUAUUUUUGUGGUCCAAAUUUUUCUCAGUACUGAGAGGGACGGUCUAGGCCCAGGUGUCCACCCAUUGCUCCUAAGCCUACUGGUCACCUCCCUCCCUAGCCGGAGAGGCCUAUCCUCUCAGUCUGCCAUCUCUCCUUUUCCUAAGUUCCACACACCUUCUCUCACUUCUAGCCUUUCUGGUCCCACCCAUCCUAGUAUUUAAGGUGAGAGGGAGAUGAGCUUUUGGGGCAUGGCACCCCAUCAUCGGCCCCUCACCUGACAACACCUCCUCGCUGGCCCCAUGCCUAGUCCCAAGCAGAAUUAGAAAACAGGAAAACCAGGCCCUAGCAGAGACUCCACUAUCUCUACUCCUCCCCACAUGCUAUUUCUAUUGUACAUUCAAUCUGUACAUGUGGGUGUAAAUGCUGUGAAAUGACAAACCCAAUAUUAUACUGUGGCUGGUGGACUAUUUCCAUCCUCAGUGCUGUACAGAUCUAUUUUCAUUGUAUAUUUGAUAUAUUUUUAAUUUUGUAGCGUGGCUGGGCCAGGCCCCAGCCUGUGAGCCUGCAGUGAGUGGGGGAGGGGGAGCCGAGCUGGAGCUGCUGGCUUAUGCAUUGUGGGCUCUGUAGUGUGUGUUGUAGCCUUUUGCCGUAGGCCAGACCCUGUCCUGGCUACAUCUUUGCUGUGAGUUGGGCGUAGGACCCAGAGCUCUGUGGUUUUGUGCGUGUGUGUGUGUGUGUGUGUGUGUGUGUGUGUGUGUGUGUGUUACAUUCGUUGGUGUGAGUGCAUAAGGUGCUGAUCUGUGACACCGCCCCCCACCCAGUGUUCAUCACCUUCUGAAGACUUAGUGUCUCCCUCUCAGCUCUGUGGGUGAGGUCUCAGGACCGGCGCUUCUAAGAAACACUAGCUGUGGGAAAAGGCACGUGUUUCCUGCAGGUGACUCACCCUCAUUUCACCUUUGACGGGGAGGAGGGCCUUGGGUGAGGGAAAAGCCCCCAGAUUUAUUUUCCAGUCAACCUUCUGUUGUUCACCCUGGAGUCAUGACGUCUUAGGCAGACAGUACCGGGUUUCUUAGGAAGAAGGCAUCUCUCUGCCCUUCAGUCCUGCAUUUGUCCUUGAAAAACUCCUGAGUACUCAGAAAGCGGCAGCUGCUUCUUAGACCUCUGUUGACUCCUCAGAAGAGACGAAGUAGGCUCGCCUGACCACUAAAGACCAGGCCCAGCUUCUGGGGAGGAGCCGGAAAUGAGGGCUGGGUCUCCAAGUCUUUGCCCAGGGUCCCUACUGCCGCUGGUUGGUGCUGCCCAUACGGUACCUGCCAGGAGGCGAGGGGUUUCUGUGGCUAUGAGUCAAUAGAGUUGGGGCAGUGCAGGGGUACACCUAAGGGUUCCUGUUUUGCCUGCUCUCAGCUCCAAUCACCAACUUCUUGCUCAGGGAGCCCUCAGCUCUCUUCAUGGAGCAGCAAGAAGCCUGAGGUUCUUAGGUUCGGUGGUAGGGGAGACCUGAGGUGCAGAGGGAUGGUAGAUAGGGUUGGCUUCCGCCAUUAAGCAAUAAAUCUUCCGAGGCUGCUGCUGCCAGGAAAUGCCCUCCAGAGGCAGUGCGUAUGAGCCCUGGGGCUGUGAGCCAGGCCCCUUCCAGGUCUGCAGUAUUACCAGGCAGGGACUGCCCUUCUUCCCUUCCUUACCGCCAUCCCCCCCCCCCAACUAUAGUAUGCCCACUGUGAAAAGAGACGUGAGAUCAAGCAGGUUGUAUACACCUGACUCUGUGCGCCCCUGGAUCCCUCUUCUUAGGUCUGAAUUACGGGGAGCUGGGGGAGGAGGGCCCAGGGUCAUUUCUCAUGAGAAGUUCUGCUUUGUACAGACCUUAAAGACAUACCAGGCAGUCCCUUCCAGUCCAGACACACAUUCAGAACAGUUAAAGUUCGAGUGUCUUGGGCUAAUCAGUGCUCUGGGUCAGCAUCGCUGAGCCCAGGAGAGGAGACAAGGCAUUGUCACCCCAGAGCCCCCACUUCCUCUCCCCUACCCUGGUGUACAAUAAAGUAUCUGUUCUUAGCAUC